GCAUAAAUGUUCAUCAUCAUUAAUAGAAGCUUUGCUUGUCUCAGGCUCCUGGCUCCCCGCAGGUGGACAUGGGCAGCGAUAUGAGAUUCGCUGAGGUCACUGAGCAGCUAACACAGAUGGAGGAACUUGUGGCCCAUUUAAAAGAGUUGAUCAGGGAAAAGGAUGCGGCACUCAGCAGUAAAGAUAACCAAGUCAUGGAGCUGACAGAACAAAUGCAGCACUUGCGGGGUGAGAGAGAAAACUUUCAGUCAAAGAUGGAGGCAGAACGUCACAUUACUCGGGCUCGGAUCAAGGAUCUGAUGGAGAAACAUGAGGCAGAGCUGCUCAGGGCUGCUGAUAAACACGAGUCUGAGUUGGCAGAGAAGGAGCAGGCCUUACGCAGACAGCUUGAGACUCUCCAGCGCUCUAUAUCACAGCCCACAGAUGCAUCAGCAAACCUAUCCACCUGCAUUACAGCUCAGAGAGUCACAGAGUUGCAAGCCCAAGUGAAGCUGAAAGAAGCAGAGGCCAGUAAAGCAGAAGCAAAGUUCUUAAAAAUGAAGGCAUGGUCCAAAUCCCGAAUCAGGCAGCUCGAGGAGGAACUCAAAAAAGUUCAGUCUGGAUCAUGUCUCGAUAUGUCCCCUGAUGUCACGUCCCUAAAUAGUCGCAUUACUGAAUUGCAAGAGGAGAGGGAGGAAAUACUCAGCAAACUGGAGCUGUAUGAAGAUAUGAAGGCAAAAAAUGAUGAACUACAGAAGCAGCUUAAGGAAUAUGAGGAACAGCAGAGGAAGAUGCAGGCCGACCUGGAGCAGGUGACCAAGAGAGCAGCAUCACAGGCAAUGAUAUAUUUAUUUGUUUUGCUUUGGUUCAAACUUUGGUUAAACCGCUGUAACAGACAUCCAUUUGUGUCUUGUUGCUUUUAUUUAUAUAGCAGGAUGAUGUUCAGAGUGGAGUGGCAAGAAAUGAUAACCAUGGUGACUGAGGCAGAAAGGGUUCAAGAUCAGGGUCACGAGAAGAACGUCAUGGCCUUCAGAAUGAGCCAUAUCGAGGAGGAGAGAGAGGAACUGAUUGAGGAUGACUGGUUGUUUCCUGGCUGCUCCGAUCCAGCAUUAGCCAAUCGGCAACAGGAAGUGGAGGAGGAGUUGGCCCAGGCCCGUGGACUCUGCCCACAGAAAAGCAGAAAGCCCAAAUAUUUCACCCCACACAGCCUACAGGAGGACUUGGAGUAUCAUAAUAGACAAGACCUAAUUGGCCAUACUGAUUGCGAUGUUUUUGUGAAUGGAGAGAAUAUGGGUGGAUGGUGGCCCCAGCACAGUGCUGCAGUUACAGAUGGCUUGAGGUCUGUUGUUGAGGAGCUCGAAUUAGAGAGAAACCAACUGCAGGAACAGAUUUUGGUCCUUGAGAAACAGUGCCAAGAUCUAGAGGACCGUCUGCAACUUCAGGCUCGCAUUGAAUUACUACAGGCGACGUUUGGUAUAGAUGAAGGUGGUCAAGCAUUGUCCGCAUCUCAGAAUGAAUCUGAGCGCCUGCAGGCACAGGCUGCCAGCCUUCGCAGUCAGCAGAUUAGAGACACAGAAAAGCAUCAGCUGCUCAUUGCCAGCCUGAACAAACAACUCAAAGGACUGAGCAGCACACAGGAGUGUCUGGAGUCCUCACUCAUGGAAAAGGAGCACACGCUUGCCAGAACCUCUGUGAAACUGGAAUAUAUUGACAGUCUGAGAGAGGCUUUAGAGACAAAAGAAAAACAAAACCAAGAAACAACUGAAAAACUGCUUCAAACUGAACACAAUCUGGCUGAUGUUACAAAGACAUGCAGCAACUUUGAGAAGGAAAACUCUGAGAUGAAAGCAACUGUUGCAGAACUGACCCUCAAACUCAGUGUGCUGAAAGACAAGAUCCAAAAACAAGAGGCAACUAUAGAAUCAUUACAGAAUGAUCUGGUUCAAACAAACGAUGAUCUUGACAGACUGAACGCAGCUCAUCUGGAAGAAAGAGCACAGCUGGUUCAUGACUUGCAGAGCUGUGAGCGUGAAAUCGAUAGACUUCAAGAUGUCAUCAUUGAUAAGGACAAAGAUAUAUCUGCACUAACAACCUGCACGGCAGAAUACUCAGAGCAAAAUCAUGAACUAAAACGGGAAAUGAAGUUCAAAGAGGAUGUGCUGACUAAAAUUGAACAGGAUGUUCAAAUCUUUAGAGACCCACAGCUUUCUGACCAACAGUUCUUUAAUUUGUUAAUACCACAGCUGAUUGAACAAUUGAAGAGGACUGAAACUGAUCUAAAAGUAGAGAGAAAAGAUGGUGAGUCAAAGAGUAAUGAAAUUAAAGACUUAAUAAAGCAAACAGAAGAGGAUAAGAAAACCAUUCACGAUCUCCGCAUGGAAACACAGAAGCUGAUUAUGAAUCUCAAAGACCAGCUAUUGGAUAGAGAACAAGUGCAUGACAAAGUCUCUUUCCAGGAGGAACGUAAUAAGUUGCUUGCUGAAGUCAGCAAAUAUAAGAGUGAGCUUCUGAUGUUCUCUAGAAAGCUUGAGGAGCAAGUUGAAUGUCAAGAACAGCUUAAGCAAGAUAUCCAAGACAAGUCAACGAUAAUAUCUUCAAUGGAGGAGAAGCUGAAGAUCGUUCAAGAGAAGACAGUAGCAGAGAGAGAUAUAUUUAACAAAGAACUCAAGAUUCGAGAUGAAGCCAAAGAAAACCUUGAGAAACAGUUGACUGAUAAAAUUGAGAGUAUUCAAUCGGUGAACAAUAACAACCAGAAACUUCAGGAAUCGCUUGAGCAGACUUUGGGAGAGCUUGCAAGACAAAAGCAGCACCUGGAUAAUGCUAAGGAGCAAAUGCAAGCUGUGCAAGAUCAGAAUUACAACUUGCUUUUACAAGUCGAAAGUCUCACUAAUGACAGUUGUCAAUUGAAGAGGGAAAUUGAGGCUAGUGUCCAGUCCAUCUCUGAUGUUUCAGAAGAAAAGAAAAGUUUGGCAAGCAAAAUAUCUGAAGUUGAACAGAAGCUUUCAGAAAGUGUUAAAACAAUAGAACACUUGCAAAGAGAUAAGGAAGAGCUAACACUCAAAGGAAAUGAACUGAGCAAAGAACUUGAGCAAAACAAACAGUCACUUGAUAAGAUUUUUUUAGAAAAAGAUGGCAUUGUUAGACUCUAUGAGACAUUGAGUAGGCAAAAUCAACAAUCACAAGAAAUGUUUGAAGAGAAACAAAAAGAAGUGCUUACACUGGCCCAAGUUGUGUCUGAAAUGAAUAACAAGGUUGCGAUAACACUUGAAGAAAAUGAAAAACGUGCUUCUAGAAUUGCUAGUCUUGAUGAACAGAAUAAGUACCUUCAGAAACAAACAAAUGAACAGAUGAAGUUACUCACAGAAACAACCAAGGAGAGGGACAAUCUACAAAACAAAAUCUUGAUUUUAGAAACACAGGAUGUGGAAAACCGUAACAUCAUAGAAGGCUUGCUUAAGCAAAAGGAAGAUUUGCUUUUGCAAGUAGAGGAACAUAAAAAUAUUGAAAAGAAACUGCAGUCUGGAGCUGAGACCUUACAGGAAAAGUCUAUAGAAUGUGCAGCCCUCUCAAAAUGUCUCAGUGAGACCAAAGAGGAAGUAGAUUGUCUUAGGAGAGAACUUGAAUCCACCACUUCUCAAGUCCUUCAAUACAAACAGAUUGUUUUUGAAAAAGAAAAGACCUUAACAGACCAAAGUGCACAAAUGGAAACUUAUCAGCACCAACUUCAGCAAUUACAAGAUAGUAUUUCCAUUCUUCAAGAACAAGCUAAUAAUCAUAAAUCGGGUCUGACAGAGAAAGACAUACUGCUGCAGAAAGAAUCAAAUGUAUGUUAUUUGCUACAAAAGGAACUUACUCACGAAAGAGAACUUGUUUUAACCCUUCAACAAGAGAUAAGCUAUCUGAAAAUAGAGUGGUCCAGACUGAACCAGACUUUGGAAGUGAAAGAAAGCACUUUAAGGGAGAAAAAUCUUGAAUGCCACAAUCACUCAGAGGAAUUGUACAAAAGAAAUGAGUCAGUUCUUUCACUAACUAGUCAGCUUGGUAUUAUGAAUGAAAAUAUUGCGAAGCUUGAAUCUGAUAACGCACAUUUAAAAGGCACUUUAGAGGAGCAUUUAGCAGAAAAUGUAAGAUUAAAAGACAAGUUGAGAGAGAAACAAAUAGAGGUUGUGGAAUAUCAAGAUAAUGUCCAGGCAAUGAAUGACCAAAACAUUGUAAUUAAAUCUGAACUCAAGAAUUCAAUGGCAGAAAUAUUCAGACAACAAGAGAUGAUAACGUCCCUACAAAGUGAAUUGGAAAGUAAAAGAGUUGAACUGGCAUCUUUGGCAGAACAGUUAGAAUCCAAGCACUCUCAACUCGAAGCUUUACAGUUCACUCUGCAGGGGAAAGAGGAAGUUUUCAGGACACAGGAGAUGUCUGUAAAUAAGAUGCAUGUCAAACUGUUGGAAAGUGAGAGCCAAAUCACCCAGAAAAUAACAGUGAUCUCUGAGCUACAUGAAGAAAUUCAGAAUUUGCAGACAGCUUUGCAAGAAAAAGAUAGGUUGCUGUUAAAUAAAGAUAAAGAGUUUUCUCUGGUUAAGAAGACAUUAAUGGCACAAUCAGAAUCAUGUGAAGCCAAACUGAAAUUAGAAAUGGACGAAAUUGCUAAAAUUCAAAGAGAGUUAAAGAGCUUCCAAGAAAAGAAUAACCAUCUCGUCAGAAUCAUUAAUGAAAAUGAUUCUUUAUUGAUGCAGGAGAAGGACAAGUGUCUGCACUUGCAAGGUAGUGCAUCUGAACUGGAAAACACAGUUUCACUGCUGACCGGUCAAAUAGAGCGAUUAACCUCAGAGAUCACACAACUCAGGGAAACACAAACUGAGAAGGAACAAGUCACUUUUGCUGCUCAGGCGCAAAUACAGAAACUGGAUGAACUAUACAAGAAACUUCAAGAGGAAUACGAUUUGACCAAACAAGAGUUGCUUAAAGUUAUCAAUGAAAAAUCAUUAAAGGAAGAAGAAAUCUGUAAAUUGGUCCUGGAAAAAGAAGAGAUCUGCAGAAAUUCCAGUUAUCAGAUUCAGAGAAUUCAGGACCAGCUACAACACCACAAGUGGGAAUCCAGCAAAGAUAAAAAAAAAAAACUGGAGUCAGUGGCUUUGCAGGGUAAAGGUGUGUCUCAAGAACACUGGGUCCAGUUGCAUGGCCAUCUGCAACACUGCCAGCAAGAGAUCCAGCAAAGAGAUUUUAGCCUCCAACAACUCAACAUCAAGGUAUGCAUCCAAAAUGUUCCAUCUGGAAAACAAAAUAAAGUGUUAUAUUUACUGCCGUGA